UUCGACUUGAUGCCUUCACGCUGUUUUGUCUGUCGAGUAAGAGGAAAGGGAUGUACCGAGUCCCCAGAUUCCCGACCUUGCGACCCAUGUAGCAGGAUGCGUGUUGAAUGCAUCGCCUGCCCAAUGGCGAUUCCUGGUGUUGUCAGGAGAUCGGCUAGGGCCCGGGAGUGUUUGCUUGAAGUUAAAAGGCUAGCUGAGCCUGGGCGUACAGGGAUUGCACGUCUCCCAAAGACUCGCAGGCUCCUUCUAGACCUGCAGCCUAUCCUCGGAGAUUCGACGAGCCAAAGCGCCGCUGAUGAAGGGGACCCCGCCCAGCCCACUGCCGCCUUGUCGAUCACAACCCCACCUGCUGAUGAGCCUCCCUAUCCAUUUCCAAUGGGGUCAUCUGUGCGUGAUGUCAACUUCAAUGAAGAAUCCCUGGAUCUCCGAGCACAAACCCUAUUCCCUCUUUCUGACCACGGUUCAGGGGAGGGGUUUACUUCCAUUGUUCCUACCCUUUCCAACAUGAUGCCAUCCUUCCCCCAAUUUUCCCCCGACUCCGAAAUGGCUUUCCCCCUCAACGAUACGAAUCCUAUGUUGUUGGGCACAUUUCAUCAUACCGCGAUCCCCGAUCAGACCGCCUGGCCUUCUAGGCCUGGUCCCUCUCACAUAGUUGCUCCACUACCGCCCAUUGUCGCACCCGAAAUUCUUGAUCGCUUACAGGACAGGCGGACAGAGAAUGAGGGCGUUGUCUUUUGGCUUCGAGGCCUGGCUCAGAGGCUGGGAUAUCGCCUUGUCCCUUUCUAACCCGAUGUGGGUAGUGGCAGAUCAACAGUGAACCGCACGCUAAGUUGAUUCCCCGCCCUCGAUUCGCCCCGAAUGUUCGCAAUUGCUGUGGUAACUUCAUUGGCUCCGUGUAGAAUCAGUGACCUUUCUCGCUUGUUUUGUCGACCUGUAGUUCGUGUUCGUUCCUAAUACAUCUUUUCUCGAGGAGCCCAAAA